AUGUCUCUGCGUGCAUUGGUUGAUUUGGGUGUUGAAGAUGUUGACUGUGGAGUUCAUGUUAGAGUUCUGCGAAAGUGGAAUGUGAAGAAACGAGGCACCAAAGAAGAUGUUUUCGUUAACAUGAUUAUUGUUGAUGCUUCGGGAUAUCAAAUGGAAAUUGUUAUUCAUAAGAUCUUGAUCCCAAGGUUUGCUCCACUCAUUAGGGAAGGCAGCGUGUACUAUUUUGGUCAGUUCUUGGUUCAGAGGAACACUACUAGCUUCCGUGUAACUGCACCGAAGUUUCGGAUUGUGCUCCUCCCAGAUUCGGUGAUUCUGUGGGACUCAUUGGUCGACCAGCUUGACAAUUUCCUUUCCACGGAAUCUGAAAUUGGGACAGUGCUCACAGUCACUUCUGUUUAUGUGCAUAAGUACCAUGGAGAGUACUUUUUUUCCUCCUCAUGUGCCUCUAAGAUGCACUGCAAUCUGCAUUAUCCUCCUGGCCAUGCUUUGCUCAAUUUCAGUAGCAGUAGUGGUGUUCCUCGCAGUGAUGGUGAAAUCUGCCAGAGUCUGAUCGUACCAAGUUCUGUCAAAUCGAUGGAAGCUUUGAAUGCUGCUGGUCCCAUUAAGGGACUGACUUUCAAAAUACAAGCAGAGGUCAUUGAAGUGAAUGCUUAUUGGUCUGAUCGACAAGAAGCUUUUAUAGUUCAGCUCCUGGUGAAAGAUGGCAAUGAUGGUUGUGCUUUAAUCUUCAAAAGCAAUGUCUUUUGGUCAAUCACAGACUCAAUUUUUGAGAGUGCAGCUCAGUUUGAGAGGUCAAGUUUCGAGAAUCAAGCAUCAGGAGGUGCAGCUUCCGAUCUGUCGGUGCCGGGAACGUGGGUCUUGCAGUUAUCGGAGCUCCAGCCAGCAAAUCCAAUGUUUUCGGUCUGCACAAGAACGUGGCAAAGCAGGAUGGCGCCACAGCUGUUGAAGGAUUUAGCAACUCAUUCUCGAAAAUGGAUCAUUCAAUGCCGUGUCUCUCGGAAGUGGCUCGCAACUAAUUGCAACACAGGAAAAGUUCUGCAUUUGGACAUGGUGCUCAACGAUUCCGAGGGAUCAGACAUUUGGGCAAUGGUUCCUCCACUAUUGAUUCCAAAAUUUGAAUCCAGUUUGAUAGAACAAGAAGUCUAUGAGAUUAGGCAUUUCAAGGUUGCUAUGACGAAGAACACAUUUAGGCCUGUUGCUAAUCGUCUGAUGAUUGAGUUUGAUGCUGCCACUUUAGUCCAGUAUAUCAAAACAGUGUCGCCCAUACUUACUAAUAAGUUCUACUUUCUCAAUCAUGCUGCUAUGAUGAAAAGGCUGUAUGAUAAGAAGAACCUUUCAGGGGAGAUGGUGAAAGUCACUUUGUGGGGAAGUAUUGGCAAGCAAUUAGACGACAUCAUCUCGCGCAAUGAAAAGAAAGCUGUCAUUCUGAUCAUUACCUCUGUGUUUGUUGAUGAAUUUAAAGACAAGCUAUUUUCGGUUGAAGGAAAGGUGACUCAAGUUCGUCCUAAUUGGUGUUACAUGGGAUGUGUUGCAUGCCCGCGGAAGGUGGAGGAGGAUCUGGAGGAGUAUUUUUGUGGCCACUGCAAGACAACAUCUUCCAUUGCUAAAGCAAAGUAUAGAGUUAAAUUCCAGCUGGAAGAUGAUACUGGAGAGGCUGAUUUUGCCAUCUUGGAGCAUGAAGGGCUGCGCUUUUUUGGAGUAAUGGCUGAUGAGUUAUUCCAAUUAAACCAGAGGAACAAAGAACCUCUUCCGCCCCAGAUUCAUCAGAUCGUGAACAUGACACUGAAGCUAACUGUUAAACUAACUGAGUUUAACAUCAUGAACCCACAAACUGAGAUAUCUGUAGUGAGCAUUGAUCAUGAUCCUCUUAAGCAACUAAACAAGGAUCUGUGUUCAAAGGAUCUUGGAGGAUCAACAUCAGUUGGACAGAAAAUGGAACCUGCUCUUGAUUGUGAGGCUGACGAUGAGAAGUAG